AACAGUCUCCCCCCCUCACCCCCCUCCUCAGACGAUGAGAAGGUUGCCGAGCGCGCUGCAGACCGCCGUGCGUUUGUCUCCCUCUCAGCCACACAAAGUGCCCCAAAAAAGCACCGAUCCGAACCGUGACUGCUCUCUGUGCCACCUCGGAACCAGCAGCCCCAUCCGCCCCCUCCUCCAGCACAUUCUGUAGCAAUGGAGCCGUAAACGCUGCCACAGAGAGCUGAGCCGAGUGAGUGAAACAGCGGCGGAGACGCAGAGAUCAAGCGGCUAUGGAGGAGAAGCGCGGAGAGCCUGGAGUCUAGACAGAAACCCUCAGAUCCAUCAGUCCGGAAUACUUUCCGCAAGCUUUCCGAACUUUGCUGUCAAUAAUCUUUUUGGAAAAAAAAAAAAAAAAUCCAGGUUUUUAUUUCACUUUUGACCGUGUGAGCGUAACAUUGCACAAGAAGGAUGCAGGGAAAGAAGAAAGCGAGCGGCUGCACUGGAUGCUGGAGGCAAAUGCUGCUGUCGUGCGUCCUGGCUCUGCACCUGAUCCCGCUGAGUGUCCACGGGAUGGUUCUUGGUGUAAAUGCUACUGAGCCAGACAAUAAAGUCAAUACCACUUCUCCAGUCAUCGAGGAAGACGGCCCUGUAAAGGUUAAUGAUGUCAUGGCAACAGUAACCGGGAUGAGCACCUCUGCCACUUCUGCUCCAAUCGGCUCCGUGACCCAGAGGGCGGGUCGUAUGCCUCGCGGCGACAAGGACGACGCUGAGAGCAGCGGCAUGUUUCCUGCUCCCACGGUGGAGAAAGUGAGCGUGGCAGCGACGCCCCACAUCAUCCCCGAUUCGGCUGAGACAGAUCUUCUGUUGCCUAGCAACCCACUCAGAGAGGACGUCGUGAAAGGAGAGGAAGAAGGGGAUGAAGAGGAGGAGGGUCUGCCACAUACCGACCCACCUUGGAUCCAUGUCAAGGAAACUGCCAUGCUUGACCUGGACCACCUCACCACCACUACCGCCCCGCCAGCAGCUGCCACCAACCCCUCCAAUCCGGACGUCCUUCACGUGGACUUCUUUGAUCCAUCCUCUCGUGGGCGUAACCUUAACCUCGCCCCACCCUCUCCAUCAUCUCUGGCCCACGAGCUGCAAGGCGCAGAGGCAACUUCCUGGGCAAUGCCAGAAAACUACGACUACCUUACACCCUAUGACGACGGCAUGACUACCACUGUUGACGAGUACAGCUACAGCACCACAACCGAUGCCUAUGAGACCGAAGAAGACCUCAGAGAGGCUGCGGGGUCUCCUGCUCGCUCCAGGCCUCGGGUCCCUGGGUCUGGAUCCUUCAUCCCUGGGGGACCAUAUCCUGGUGCCGCACCUAACGUUUCGCCUAAUGGGUGCAGAGUGGGCUACCAGCUGAUCAAUGGAAGCUGCCGCUCUGCCUGUGAGAUGCAGCCCAACUAUUGCCUCAACGGAGGACAGUGCUACCAGCUGGAUGGCGAGGAGAUUUUCUGCAGAUGCAAUGUCCAGGACUACAUUUGGCACAAAGGGGCGCGCUGCGAGUCGGUGGUGACCGAGUUCCAGGUGAUGUGCCUCGCCGUGGGAACCUCGGCUCUGGUGCUCUUGCUGCUCUUCAUGAUCAUUGUCUGCUUCGCCAAAAAACUCCACGUGCUCAAGACGGAGAACAAAAAGUUGCGCAAGCGCAGCAGUAAGUACCGGCCUUCAUCGGAGCAGCACAAUGAUAAUUUCUCGCUGUCCACCAUCGCUGAGGGCUCCCACCCAAAUAUACUCUGAGGUGUUAUAAGCUUAAAGGAUAGAGGACUGGCGGGGCCCAAGUGCCAGGAUCAAUAGUGAGAGAUUUAUUUAAUGAUGCAGGACAUCAAAACUCAAAUAGGACCAGAGGGAUUGUGAUCAGAAGCCCAAUGAUUAUCAGUCUCAGUUUUUCCUCAUUGUAUCUUUAUUUCUUAAAUAUUUCUGUUUUUUUAAAAGCUGAACAGGGAUGCACUAGUUAGAUUUUUUUUAACGCUGAGAUUUUCCGAGAUCUACCAACAUUUCCAAAUCCAGCAGCAGUGAUUCAAAUCUGAACUUCAAUCCUUUACCAACUUAACAAAACAUGAUAAGGUUCCUACAGAUUGCAUCAUCUGGAUUGCAUCAUUAAUGCAAAAGGUCAUCUGUUAAGAGGAACCUGCUGUUGAGUAGAGUACGAAUGAAAAACAUGAAUCAUAUUUCUUUUUCACAUAUAAAAGUCUGUCAGAAAGGCUGCCAUAGAGUGUAAACAAAGAAAUAAAUGCACAGAGUUAUAAAUUUUUUAUCUUGAUUAGUUUUAUUUUCAGUUCCCUGCAACCAUGAAAACAUUCUCUUCUGAGUUUAGUUUCCACAAUAUUGACAAAAGACCAAGCACAACGUAACUUGGUGCUGUGGUUGGAUGAUGCUACAAACACAGCCAGGGGGUUAGGGGUUCAAUUCCCCCGUGAAACCAAGCUAGCUGAAGUCUUACAGAUUUUUUGUUCUAAUUUGACCAUUUUAGGACAGAAAAAACACCCUUGCAGUGAGUCCUGCCUGUUCUCUGUCCUUCUGACCUGCUCUCUCUCUUAUCACCUCUUUGCAUCUGUAUUUUAUGUCAUGGCAUGUCUGCUCUGUCGCUUAUAUGCGCCACCUAGUGGCCAUGUCAGCCUUCGCAGCUACUCUUGUUUACUUUUUUUUUUUUAAUGUCUUCAUGACUUGUUUAUCCUGAAGGUAUAAAGAGAAAGAGGGAAAAAUGAAAAAAUAAUAAAAAAUAAUUUAUUCUGGGUUUAUGGGUCGAAGGAGCCGCAUCACAACAGGUAAGCUAAAAGUGUUGGGUUUUUGAGAAAAAUAGAGGCGGUUAUCAGGAUAAACAUCUGGGAUGCAACACCUCCCUGCUGCCUGAAGGAGGCAGCAGAGCUGACAGGUGUCUCACUAACUUGAAGCAUGGGUAGCUAGUUUGCGCUAACACCAAAGUUGUAGCAGCAUGGGUUGCUGUAGUGCUACAACUGAGAUUUUAUUUGUUACUUUAGCUAAAAUUUCAUUUAUUUUCAGGAUGUGGUACCACCCUCUCACAGCUCUUUCAGUAGUUUGUUCGCCUCUUUACACUGCAGGCUGUAGACUUUGAACUUGGCUUCUUAGGUAUCAAUGUAGUUCCUUUUCAUGCAAAUGAGUCCCACCAAUUCAUUCUAAAUACAAGUGCAAGUCAUUUCUCUCUAAUGAACAUUAAACAUCAAAACACAA